CGGAUCGGAGGGACUGAUCGAGGGAGUCGCAUGCCGACCAUGCAUAGCAUAUCCCAACCAUAGCAAAGCAUCAGCUGGAAGAGAAAUUGUUGAAUCGAAUUGAUUGAUAAUGCGUUCCCUGAUCAUCAGCUGGUGAGCUGCCGAUUGGUACCCGGCCCGUGAUGAUUGAUCUCCUUCUCAUGGCCGGAGCCAGUGCGUUGAGCUCCAUGGCCUGCGCCUGCCUAUCGUCAUCUUCCCCCCUUGCACUUGCAGUUGCCCAUCGUCCUCGAAGCCAUGCCCAUGCCCACUCCCACGCCCGCAUAACAAAGCGGCAAGUGAGGCCGAGGUGUUGCAGCAGCAUGUACGACUACAACAACUCUGCUCCUCCGAUGCCCUCCUUGUCGCCGCUGCAGUUCCCAACCCCGGCGCGCAGCAGCAGUGGCAGCCGUCUGCGCAUCUUCUCCGGCAGCGCCAACCCGCGGCUGGCGCAGGAGAUGGCGUGCUACCUGGGGAUGGAGCUGGGAAAGAUUAAGAUCAAGCGGUUCGCGGACGGCGAGAUCUACGUGCAGCUGCAGGAGAGCGUGCGCGGCUGCGACGUCUUCCUGGUGCAGCCGACGUGCCCGCCCGCCAACGAGAACCUCAUGGAGCUCCUCAUCAUGAUUGAUGCCUGCAGGAGGGCCUCCGCCAAGAACAUCACCGCCGUCAUCCCCUACUUCGGCUACGCCAGGGCCGACAGGAAGAUGCAGGGCCGCGAGUCCAUCGCUGCAAAGCUGGUGGCCAACCUCAUCACGGAGGCCGGCGCACACCGCGUGCUGGCGUGCGACCUCCACUCCAGCCAGUCCAUCGGCUACUUCGACAUCCCCGUCGACCAUGUCUACGGGCAGCCGGUCAUCCUGGACUAUCUGGCCAGCAAGACCAUCUGCCCCAAGGAGGUGGUGGUGGUGUCGCCGGACGUGGGAGGGGUGGCCAGGGCGCGCGCCUUCGCCAAGAAGCUCUCGGAUGCGCCCCUGGCCAUCGUUGAUAAGAGGCGGCACGGCCACAACCAGGCCGAGGUGGUGCAUCUGAUCGGCGAUGUCAAAGGAAAAGUUGCUGUCAUGGUGGAUGAUAUGAUCGACACAGCAGGAACGAUCGCCAAGGGCGCGGAGCUGCUGCACAAGGAGGGAGCUCGAGCUGUGUACGCCUGCAGCACCCAUGCGGUUUUCAGCCCUCCGGCGGUGGAGAGGCUCUCGAGCGGCCUCUUUCAGGAGGUGAUCAUCACCAACACCGUGCCGGUGGUGCAGCACCAGAGCUUCCCCCAGCUCACCGUCCUCUCCGUCGCCAAUCUCCUCGGGGAGACCAUCUGGCGUGUUCACGACGAUUGCUCCGUCAGCAGCAUCUUCCAGUGAUCGCCAUCGUCUUCGUCGCCAUGGCAUCCAAAAACAAACACAAGCCUCAUGUCCUGUUUAUACAUACACCUACAUAUAUACAUGAUUCGCAGAUUCUGCUUUCUAA